AUGGCGGGAACUCUAUCGAAACAGACCGAAGUUUGGACGGCUGAGUUCGGGGAUGGCACCAAUUUUCUUCGCUGUGGUCGCCUCCUUGAUGAGUUGUGUUGCUUCCGCCAAUGUAGGGGAGACUGCCGACUCGGUCAAACUGAGGAAUUUCCGAGACUUCGGAGACUUCUAUCAAGCAAUCGGAGAUCGCGGAAAUAUUAGGCGAGACGAUCUCAUGCCGUUCGAGAGGAAGCCAAUACAUGUCCCGAUUGUGAUCCAUGUGGCGCUCUAUGUAGCAAUGAUUCCCACGAUUCUCUUCACUUACAUGCUGGUAGCUCAACUGCUGAGUAAUAUUCGUGAUUAUUUACUCUCCUCGAGAUCACGGGUCAUUCUGAAGCCUGCCUUGCUUCUGGAACGUAGCGGGAGUUCACCGACAAAAGAUAUCUCUACAUUUCUGAAGGCAGAGGUUCGUGACGACCGCACCCUGCUCAAAAAUUAUUUUGUUCCAUCUUAUUCAUGAAAUCACAUCGACAAGCAUUCCUACCGCAGAUCUCCUCCGAAGAUUGUGUAUGUGCUAGUUCCGCCGAGAUCACUAAAUAAAGAGCUCCGCCGGCGGGUCGA